AUGUUUGGUAUUCCAGGUGCCCCAGCUCCUUCUGCUCCAGCUUCUGAAUCAAAAUUCGAUCAAUUCAAGCAAACUCCAGCUUUCCCAGUGUUAGUCCAUACUGCUUUGUUUGCUGCUGGUGUUGCUUUCAUUCAAUCAUCAGUCAUUGAAUUGUUGUCCCCACAACUAUAA